AUGGGGAAUGCUCAUCUGCUGAAAAGCAUUAGUGACUCAUGGAUGAGUCCCAGCGCUAUUACCCUGGCAAUGGACAUGGUCUUUUCUAUUACAUGUGGAAUAGGGCUCUUCGUCCUGUUAAUCCCAUUCCUGAAGACUUACCCAUUGUCACCACCACCUGAGAGAGAGACUACCCAAAAGAUUACCGAAUCUGUGUCCCUCACAAGGCGCUACAUGGAAUCACAGAGGUUGGUGGAGGAGCUAGGACUUCGUUGCAGACGUGGGAGAAAGAAUGUGGAGGAGAUACAGAGCACAUCACAACCUUUGCCAAUCCACAAGGACAGCUCUUUACCCAACAUGAUGCCACACCCCUUUUGGAACGCCAAUGAAAAACUAAAGCAACUUCCCCUCUCUCAGCUGCUUUCUUACCUCAAAGUUUUGGAGGGUCUUAUGUGGCAGAGAUGCAACAGGAUUCCCUCAGACAUGUCCUCUGUGCUGUCUGAGUCAGUGGUGGCCACUGCCUGGGUCUCUAAGAGCCCUUCCUCUGUAACAACUAGAACUGUCUCAUUAUCCAAAGCAUCUGGAUCUUUCUCCAUUAAACAACAGGCCUGUAGAUGUCCUCCACAGCUUUUCCAGGGCCAGCCCUUGUCACACCAACUUAAGACACUAAACUUGGCAGGUGGGACAGAGAUCCAGAAACAGGUUCAGCAUCCAUGCUCUACAACAAACCAAAUACCUUCUUCAUUCAAGAGUAGCAACUAUGAAAUAACAUGUCCUACCCCUGAGAUGAAUGCAUCAGUAUCCUUUCCAACAGAAAACCAGACUCGGCAGACGUGUAUCAAAUGGAAGGAUGCUUUAGGCUCUAACAAUCAAAAAUAUCAAGUCAACAUUGACCAACCCACUCGCAACAUUCCCAGAGGCAGCCAGGCCACAGAAACGAUCAGGUCAUCAUCUGUCUUUCCUGAGCAUUGUAAGACCCUCCCACACUGUGAGGAGGACCGAGAGAAUCAAGAGAAGAUGACUGCAAAUGCAGAACAACCAGGCCUCCCCUUCAGAUUCCUUCCAUCCCAAGAACCAAUGCAUUCUCAGGGACAUUUCCCAGGAAAUAAUCUGUGCCAGUCCAAGAACAGGCCUGAAUUCUUCCAGCCUGCCCAGCCCCACGUAUUUGAUUCCAAAGAGUGCAAAUUUAGCAAGAUGGUAGGGUCCAUGCACUCCGGAAACCCCUUAAUGAAGGGUCCAGUAAACGUUAGCAUGCACGACCCCAUCGUGGAAGACCCAGGUGUUGGUACCAAAGAUCUGCCUUGCACUUCAAGAAACACCUCUGGGAAGGGGCUGAACCUUAUAAAUUCCUCAUUGUGGAUAGAUCAGUCAUCAUAUAUAAACACCUCCCAGGACCCUUUCUUCCCUGACCCAAAAACUCACGUCAGGCUAGAAUCAGACACUAUGCAGUUUCCUAUGAAGCACAAAUGGGGACCCAGUAUUUCUAAGGCUGACUACCAGACAGCUACAAUCCUGGAAAAGUUACAUCAGCGAGAUCCAGGAGGGAAGGGGACAGAACCAGCAUCAGUUCCCAGGCUGCAGAAUCAUCUGUCUGUGCACUUACCAUCAGAAUUUCAGGAGACCCAAAGAGCAAUUCCAUCUACUGGUAGCCGUGGACCCUUAAGGGCCCAUGUAGCUACAUGGCAGAGCCACCGGAGCACUCAAGCCCGUGCUUACUGCCUUCUGGCAAGAACACAGAAGAGCAGGACUAUCCUGGGGACUGGAAGAGGCAGCUUGCAACCAAGUAUCAGCUCAAGAAUGGCUAGGCAUGAACCAUGGGGUAGGCCUGAGAUUGUGGCUUCAGGAGACCCCUGCUGGAGUGGAACAAUGCUGGAGCUCCAAGAACAGGUCCCACCUUCAGUGGCCAAACAGAUCAACCAACCUGUGGAGGAGAAACAAAACACACCUUUUGCAUGGAAACUGACUCCAGAAUCCAGACAGAGUCCAGGUGAACAAACCAUCAAUAGUCAUGUCAGUAACUUAGUAGCUGAAGGGGCCAGUAGAAGUCCAGGUCCUUCCAACACAUCUAGUCCACAGGACUCAGAAGACCCAGCUGGAAUGGCACAUGUGUUUAGGGAGGCUGCAUUUGAACCAAACAAGCAACCAAAGGCCUGGCCUGCUGGCCUCCGUGGAGACUGCCCCCAAACCGUGUACCCUGCCACCAUGUGCCUAUCUUCACAGAGUUCAUUGACAAGCAACCAGGACAGAGAAGAAAAACUGUCAUUCCAGGGACUUGGUGCUCACAAGCAGGAGUCUCUAGAGCCUACAGUCGCCAAACAGAAGAUUCCAGGAAGGAAGCACAAGAUAUUUGUUCCUAAUGAAGAAAAGGAGGCCUUUAUGAGCUCCGAAGCAGGAAGCCAAGGAGAAAGCUUUGGAAGAGUGAGGCCUUCCCAAACCUGGGCCCUCAAUACCUCUGCCCAGCUCAGGGAUACAGUCACUACUGAGACCAAGUCCUCCCUUAGCAAGCUGUGGAAGGGGACGGCUCUUACAAAAAUUUUUCUCAAGGAAAUCGUGAGGAGUGUUCUACGAUGUCUGAAUCUCAGCAAAAGAGACCAGGGAAAAGAGGAUUCUUUAAAGGAUGGGCGGCAUUCAUCCAGGCCCCCACCAGCUACUGUGCAGACCCAGAUGUCUGUCACAACACAAAAUCUUGCCAAUAUGUUAACUGAAGCGCAUUCACUCCUUAAUAUUGUCAUGCAGAUCCUGGUGGACAGGCUGGGCCUUCAGGUUGGGGACCCAACAGUAAAAUGGCAGAAAGUAGAACCAUACACAUCCCAGGUGGGUAGCUCCCCGCUUGCUCAUGAUGGUCACUGUGACCCAGAGGGAAACAGACUAAGAAGAAGAAUGAGCUGUGGUCCCCACAGCAGCCCCAAGGGAUACAACCAUCCUUUCAUGUACAGGGGAAUUAGAGAAAAACGGCAGUCAGGAGCUGCUGCUCAGAGAGUCUGUGAUCGACAUCAGUGCAGAAUGAAGCGAGAAAUGGUCUGCGGCCACCUCCCCCGUCCCAAGGCAAACAACCAUGCAUUCAUGUACAGGAAACUGGGAGAAAAGCAGCAGUCAGGCACUCGUGACCAGAGGGCCUGUGACCCACAUCAAAUUAGAAUGAAGAGUGAGAUGGAAUGUGGUCCCCAAAGAAACCCCAAGAGAAGCAACCAUCCAUUCAUGUACAGAAGAAUUGGAGACAAACACCAGUGGCAGUCAGACAUUGCUGCUGAGAAAGCCUGUGACCCAAAUCAAAGCAUGAAGAAAGGAAUGGACUAUGACAGCCUCGCCAGCCCCCAGGAAAACAAUCAUUCAUGUUUAAAGAAACCAGAGACAAAGGGCAAUCAGGGAUAACUGCCCCAAGAACCUGUGUCCCCAGAUGGACCAUACCAACAUAGGCCAAGGAAGAAUCAUCUCAGGCCAUGUUGGCCUUUGCUUGCCAGGAAAUCUUUAGAAAUCUAUCCUUUCCACUCAAGCCAUUAUUUCCCCCAUGCUUUC